AUGAGCCCGAAGGAGAUUAUAGAGGAUCUCUUUAAGGCUACUGAAGCGUCACUGAGUGCCAAUUUGUCGGAGUUGCACUGCCAAAAUAUUGCCAUAAGGUUAGUAACGGAUUUUGAAGCCGAAGACAUCAUUCCACCUAUCCGACUGGCAACAUUAGAAAUAUCGAUUUAUGACCUCGAAGAUUCGUCUGGUAACCUCAUCGGCAGUGUUUCCUAUGCUGAUACACUGCUAAUUUCUGAGAUCUUCUUCAACGAUGCCUUUUGCAGUUUCUCCGCUGGCAUCAUCACAGUUUCCGGUCACAGAUUGGGUCGUUACCGAUUUUCAGUUGAAAAUGUAAACUGUUUUUCCACGGACUCAAAGGAAUUUUGGGGUCUGUGGCAAUUCGAUGUAAAGGAAAUACCUACGAAAAGCACUAUUCACCCAUCGCCAGCACCAUUCAUUUAUACGGCCGCAGAUUCAACGGGAUUGAUGAAGAAUCUUUUCCACAUGGACAUGUCACCUAGCAGCUCACAAUGCAUAUUUGCGGUGCUUCGCAUCGGAGCUGCAACACACAGCGCACUUGAGCGUCUACAGGCAUUCAAAAUAGAUUUGGAUGUGAAUGAAAGAACAGAAGUAGCCCUCAUAGUUAAAUCGGGCCUUGAAGAUUUGAUUAAAUUGGCUCUCUGCGGUGGAAAGGACCAGGCCCUGCCAUCGUCAAUGGACCAGUCUCUCAUACACUUCAGUUGUGAUAGCUUAUCAAUGAAUAGGAUGAUGAAGGCAUCAACUCUAACUCUACGCCAUUUGGAAGCUAGUGCCUGCCUCUCAGCUGCCGUGGAUUUUCAAAAGGGUUUGACUGUAGGGAGAUUACUGGCUCGCUGUGGAAUCCCGCUUCCUAGUACAAGUGUAGAACAAGAACUCCUGCUUAAGCAAAUUCUUGGUAUCGAGAGGGAGCCUGCAAAAUUAGAGGAGGAAUCGAAUACUACCAAAAAUCCGGAACAACUGCGGUUGGAGACUUUUGGACUUGGAGCGAAGAAUAAAUCCAAUAGCCUAAUGGUAACAAUCCUUACUGGAAUUCAUGGGAGUUACAUGACCGAGAUUGGCAGCUGCAUAGCCAAAGUGGGGAAGGCGAACACAGUCUGGAUGAUUCUUCAUCCAAAGCAGCUGGCCGAAGUUCCUCCUCUACUUACCUCUAGCUUGAAAGAAAAAGCAGAACGAGAAACUAGCGGAGAAAAUCGAUCGUUCCGCUGUCUCAUCGUUGCCCCAUUGUGGAUUUCUGUUCCAGAAAUACUAACAGAAGUGGAAUCUUUUUUCAUGCCCGAUAAGGGCAACCCCGAGGAAGCACAAAUCCGUAUUGUUUCUACCAUCACGUGUGUUGAUCCGAGAAUGUGCUUAAUGGGACCUGAGGGCUUAAUAAUGCCUGGCCUGUGCCCGUUCUUCAACCUCGGCUGGACAAACAUUCUUGUCCUCACGACUCCAGAGAAGACCGAAAAGAAAGACGAUAUGCAAAAGGCUACACAUCUGAUUCAAGCGAUUCGGCAAUUAAACCCUCGCGCGGUCGUACUGUCGGCUCCAUUCGGUAAAAUCCGAGACUAUACUCAACUAAAUCUCCUGCUGAAUGACGACCUAUUCGACGAAAUCGAACUGCAGCGUCAUCGUCUCCUAACCUAUGCAAGCCACUGUUCCUCACUCGGUGAGUACGUUAUCAAGAAAAUUUUCGUGGAGUUUAGACUGCCCUUAGAAAGAGCUAGAUGGACCGCCGCACUUAAAGGUUUAGUGACAAACUUGAGUCCGCUUUCUGAUGAGCCAAUAAUUGUCUACGUUGACGCCCACCUAGCCUUCGACGAUGACGCAAAUUCCAUUCAUCAUUGCUGUUACUGGCCCCAAAUUGACACUUCGAAAGAGUCACGCAGCCCUCAUCACAAUGAAUCUGGUGAUAAAUCGCUUCGAAAAUCCUUCUCCCUUACUGCCCUCUUCUUUACCAGCCAAAAAGCCCCAGGCAUCCGACCCGACUAUAACGGUGACUGUGAGGACAGGCUCACCCAGUGGCUUAAGGCCUGGCUUCGGACCUGUCUUCGACAGGCUGAAAAACUCAAGCCGCUAAUUGAAAAGGAGAAACUCUCUGAGAGCGAAUUGGAUAAAAUUAAUGAUAUGUAUCAACUGCAUCCCCUGCCCGAUGGAUGGUAUUUCACUGGAACUCAAUACGUCCACAUCGUUGGUGAUAGAUCUUUCCGACACCCAUGUUUUGACCGUUUAGUCGAUGAGUAUGUUGCACAAGAAAAUGAAAAGAUUAAACAGUUUAAUGCCUCUCUAAUUAACGCUCCUGUUGUUGAUCUUUUCGACUAA